AUGGUGGCUGAGUCACAAGGCUUCCAAGACAGCAGCAAGUCACGCGGCAUUCCAAGAGCACAGAGCCUUGCUAGCCAAUCUGCCAGCAUCAGCGGUGUGAAACCGCUCCCCCCAGUCCAGCUACCUCAGAGCAGCUCCGGCACCAUCGUCCCGCCCAGCAGUGGCACUUCUCCCAACGUGAGCCUAGUGACUGCGGCAGUUCCUACCCCAUCCUCAGAGAAAGUGGCUUCCAGUGCUGGUGCCUCCCAUGUCAGCUCCCCGGCAGUCUCAGCGUCAUCGUCACCAGCAUUCGCAAUAAGCAGUCUGUUAAGUCCUGCAUCUAACCCACUUCUACCUCAGCCGACCCCAGCUAACGCUGUUUUCCCCAACCCUUUGCCCAACGUUGGAACAACUGCAGAGGAUUUAAACUCCCUGUCUGCCUUGGCCCAGCAAAGAAAAAGCAAGCCACCAAAUGUCACUGCCUUUGAAGCAAAAAGUACUUCAGAUGAGGCAUUCUUUAAACACAAGUGCAGGUUCUGCGCGAAGGUCUUCGGGAGUGACAGUGCCUUGCAAAUCCACUUGCGCUCCCACACCGGAGAGAGGCCCUUCAAGUGCAACAUCUGUGGGAACAGGUUCUCCACGAAGGGCAACCUGAAAGUUCACUUCCAACGCCACAAAGAGAAGUACCCCCACAUCCAGAUGAACCCCUACCCCGUACCGGAGCACUUGGACAACAUCCCCACGAGUACCGGCAUCCCCUACGGGAUGUCCAUCCCCCCAGAGAAGCCGGCCACCAGCUGGCUAGACACCAAGCCAGUCCUGCCCACUCUGACCACUUCCGUUGGCCUGCCAUUGCCCCCGACCCUCCCAAGCCUCACGCCCUUCAUCAAGACGGAGGAGCCAGCUCCCAUCCCUAUUAGCCAUUCUGCAGCCAGCCCCCAAGGCUCAGUCAAAAGUGACUCUGGGGCCCCUGAUUUGGCCACAAGAAACCCAAGUGGGCUCUCAGAGGAAACCGAAGGGUCUGUUGUGCCACCUUUCAGUGGAAAAAGUGAAGAGGCUGGCGUGGCCACCGGCUCAGUCCCAACAGCAGGCAACAGUGCCCUGAGUUCCCCAGUAGCUGAUGGUGGCCCAGGAGGGGCUGCCUUCACCAACCCUUUGUUACCACUCAUGUCUGAGCAGUUCAAGGCCAAGUUUCCUUUUGGGGGCCUCUUAGAUUCAGCCCAGGCCUCAGAGACAUCCAAACUGCAGCAACUGGUGGAGAACAUCGACAAGAAGGCCACAGACCCCAACGAGUGUAUCAUCUGCCACCGGGUCCUCAGCUGUCAGAGUGCCCUGAAAAUGCACUACCGGACGCACACCGGGGAGAGGCCCUUCAAAUGUAAGAUCUGUGGCCGGGCCUUCACCACGAAAGGCAACCUGAAGACCCACUACAGUGUCCACCGGGCUAUGCCCCCACUCCGAGUGCAGCACUCUUGCCCAAUCUGCCAGAAGAAGUUCACCAAUGCAGUGGUCCUCCAGCAGCACAUUCGGAUGCACAUGGGGGGUCAGAUCCCUAACACCCCUGUUCCUGACAACUACCCCGAGUCCAUGGAGUCCGACACGGGCUCCUUUGAUGAGAAAAAUUUCGAUGACUUAGACAACUUCUCGGAUGAGAACAUGGAAGAUUGUCCUGAGGGCAGCAUCCCGGACACACCCAAGUCAGCUGAUGCCUCCCAAGACAGCCUGUCCUCCUCGCCUCUGCCCCUCGAGAUCUCGAGCAUCGCUGCUUUGGAGAAUCAGAUGAAGAUGAUCAAUGCUGGCCUGGCAGAGCAGCUGCAGGCCAGCUUAAAGUCAGUGGAGAACGGGUCGGUGGAAGGGGAUGUGCUGACCAACGACUCAUCCUCCGUGGGCGGCGACGUGGAGAGCCAGAGUGCCGGCAGCCCGGCUAUCUCCGAGUCUACCUCUUCCAUGCAGGCUCUGUCCCCAUCCAACAGCACCCAAGAAUUUCACAAGUCACCCAGUGUGGAGGAGAAACCACAGAGAGUGGGGCCGAGCGAGUUUGCCAAUGGUCUGUCUCCCACCCCAGUGAAUGGGGGCGCGUUGGACUUGACCUCGAGUCAUGCCGAGAAAAUCAUCAAAGAAGACUCCCUUGGCAUCCUCUUCCCUUUCAGAGACCGGGGUAAAUUUAAAAACACUGCUUGCGACAUUUGUGGCAAAACCUUUGCUUGUCAGAGUGCCUUGGACAUUCACUACAGAAGUCAUACCAAAGAGAGACCGUUCAUUUGCACAGUUUGCAAUCGUGGCUUUUCCACAAAGGGUAAUUUGAAGCAGCACAUGCUGACACAUCAGAUGCGAGACCUGCCGUCCCAGCUCUUCGAGCCCAGCUCCAGCCUCGGCCCCAAUCAGAACUCUGCGGUGAUUCCCGCCAACUCACUGUCAUCUCUCAUCAAAACAGAGGUCAACGGCUUCGUGCACGUUUCUCCUCAGGACAGUAAGGAUGCCCCCACUGGUCACGUCCCUUCGGGGCCUCUGUCAUCCUCUUCAACAUCCCCAGUUCUACUCCCAGCUCUGCCCCGGAGAACUCCCAAACAGCACUAUUGUAACACGUGUGGUAAAACCUUCUCCUCCUCGAGUGCCCUGCAGAUCCAUGAGAGAACUCACACUGGAGAGAAGCCCUUUGCUUGCACUAUCUGUGGAAGAGCAUUCACAACAAAAGGCAAUCUGAAGGUCCACAUGGGCACACACAUGUGGAACAGUACCCCAGCACGCCGGGGCCGGAGGCUCUCCGUGGAUGGCCCCAUGACCUUUCUAGGGGGCAAUCCUGUCAAGUUCCCAGAAAUGUUCCAGAAGGAUCUGGCGACGAGGUCAGGAAGCGGGGAUCCGUCCAGUUUUUGGAACCAGUACACGGCAGCACUGUCCAAUGGGUUGGCCAUGAAGGCCAACGAGAUCUCUGUGAUUCAGAACGGUGGCAUCCCUCCAAUUCCUGGAAGCCUGGGCAGCGGGAGCAGCUCACCUAUCAGCGGGCUGACAGGGAACGUGGAAAAACUGGGGAAUUCCGAACCCAGCGCUCCUCUGGCCGGCUUGGAGAAAAUGGCGAGCAGCGAGAACGGAACCAACUUCCGCUUCACCCGCUUCGUGGAAGACAGCAAAGAGAUAGUCACGAGCUAAAGUUGCCGGAGCAUUUCCACUCAGAAUGCUGCCCGAGGUUGCCUCCUGCCCCAGCCCCUUCCCUUCUGGCCCCUGGGACUAUGAACUACACUAUGAAGACAUUCUUUUGUACUUUAUUCAACCUCUAGAGUUCUAAGAAAGCUUAUUUAUUAGUGCUAUAACCUUGCUUUGCAAACAGAAUGCAAGCAUUAACUUUGGUCUUCUGUAUUUUGGACUAAAUACUAAUGGACUAGAGUGCUGUAAGCUUGCUGUAACAUUUAUGGCAAUCACAAGUUGCCCUGCUAGGCGGUCUUAAUCUGGCAUUAACUUAUUUUCUAUAUCCAGUUUAAUAUGAAUCUGGUGUUGAUGCAAUGCCUCCGUGAUGCGUAGAUCUCUAAUAAAGUCUGUAUAUAAAUGUACACUUUGAUCCUGCUGGGAAAUUUUAUCAGCCACCACAUUGUCUGAUCUUUCCAAACAGAUUGAAGGGAAGGACUUUUAAGUACAGGCUGAGCAUUCGAAGGGGUUGGGUUUUUUUGUUUGUCUGUUUGUUGUUUGUUUUUGGUUUUGUUUUCAUUUUUAUUCUAAACUUCAACCUGCUUUUUUUUGUUGUUAUUUUAUAGAGUUAACCAUUUCCGUUUUGAACUGCUAUUCGUAUUGUGCUUUUUACUUGAGUUGUCUUCAAUGUUAAUAAGUUUCUGUACAGUAAUAAGCACGCAGAAUUCUUUAGAGAAAAAAAAACACAAGUGUUGUUUUGGUAGUUGAAACUGAGACGUAGCUUUUUUUGCCUUGUAGGGUAUAUUCACAGUAGAAAAACGUGUGCUGGAAUUUCACAAUGCUGCUAACGAUAGCAUCUUGAACAACAUUCAGUGGAGAAAUGUCGAUGCUCUUGUAUAUACAAUAAGAAAUAUCACUUUCAUUCAAAUGUACAUAUGUUCCUUACAAGAGCAAAUGCUUCUCGACCGAGAGCAAGUAUAGUGUUGGUUUAUUUUGUAUUAGGUAUGGAAGGAGAAAAAAAAUGGACUGUUACAUGCACUUUCUUGGAAAGUUGGAGGGGGGGGGAUUCUGAUUUCUUUAACAUUUAAUACUUACUAACAGCAGAGAUACUGUAAUUUUGCUCAAGUAAUCAAAUACAUCCUUUUUUUUGCAACAGAUAAAACAA